AUGUACCUAGUGUCAGAGCAGAUCGACCCUUUCUCCAGUAUAAAACAGAUCGACCCUUUCUCCAGUAUAAAACAGAUUGACCCUUUCUCCAGUAUAAAACAGAUCGGCCCUUUCUCCAGUAUAAAACAGAUUGACCCUUUCUCCAGUAUAAAACAGAUCAACCCUUUCUCCAGUAUAAAACAGAUCGACCCUUUCUCCAGUAUAAAACAGAUCGACCCUUUCUCCAGUAUAAAACAGAUCGACCCUUUCUCCAGUAUAAAACAGAUUGACCCUUUCUCCAGUAUAAAACAGAUCAACCCUUUCUCCAGUAUAAAACAGAUCGACCCUUUCUCCAGUAUAAACAGAUCGACCCUUUCUCCAGUACAAAACAGCGUCUGA